CUCACUUUGUGGCCAGGCCAUACAAGGCUCACGCUUGGUCUGACACACAAUUGUCAUGCACGGCAUUGUCAAGGAUCGCCAACAUCGCAUAUAGCGCUCGCUGGAGUACCAGGACAUUACUGUGUGUGUAUUUGCAAAUCCUGUUAUUCACUCGCUGCAGGCGCAGAACGAUAAGCAGGGAAAAGCGACCGUCGUAGGGAAACUGCUAAGUGUGGAGUGUGGACGCUCGCGGCGACUCUUCUCACAACUUGCGAGCUACAUCUGACAUUCUCACCUGUAUCAUAUCGCGCGUCGGCGGCCGAACCGCCUCUGCUCCGGACAUGGCGCCGGCUUCAAUCGAGGGCCCCUCGAAAGAGGGCGACCAGCAAGCCAGCUCAACAGUCAACAUGGCGGCUCUUGAGCUGGACACGCACUGCCCUUAUUCGAUCCUGCCAUCCAUCCUGUUCCAGAUGAACUCGGACAAGGACAUGGACCGUCUCAACAAGGUGGGGGGUGCGGGCGGCCUGGCCAAGGGCCUGGUCACCGACCUGCACGCCGGUUUGAACGAGUCGCCCGCCGCGGCGGCGGCUGACGGACUGGCCACCGCCGCCGCAUCCGAGCUGGGCAGUGUGGAGGCGCACCGCAAGGCUUACGGCGAGAAUAAGUUCCCCGAGAAGCCGCCGCCAAACUUCUUCAUGAUGCUUCUGGAGGCGGCCAAGGACCCCAUGAUCAUCAUCCUGCUGAUUGUGGCCAUCGUGACCAUUGUGUUGGGCGCGGCCGUGCCCGAGCAGCGCGCGCACCAGGGCUGGUCGGAGGGCCUGGCGGUGCUGGGCACCGCACUCAUUGUCAUCUUCCUAGGCGCGGGUCAGGACUUCUCCAAGGAGCGGCAGUUCCAGAAGCUGAACGCGCUCAAGGACGUGAUCGACGUCAAGGUCACUCGUGGCGGCAAGCAAGUGCUGGUGCCCAACACCGAGGUGGUGGUGGGUGACAUCAUGUUUCUGGACACGGGUGACAAGGUGAUCGCGGACGGCAUCGUCAUCGACAGCCAAGGCCUAGUCCUGGAUGAGGCCUCCCUCACUGGCGAGUCUGACCCAAUCAAGAAGGACCCCGUCUCGGACCCCUGGGUGCGCUCCGGUACGACUGUGAACGAGGGCAGCGGCCACAUGCUGGUGCUGGCCGUGGGCGUGCACAGCGAGUGGGGCAAGACCAUGGCCCUGGUCAACGAGGCGGGCGACGACGAGACACCGCUGCAGGAGCAGCUCACGGACGUGGCCGCCAAGGUGUCCAAGAUGGGUGUGCUGGUGGCUGUGGUGUGCUUCCUGGCCCUGCUUAUCAAGUGGCUCAUUGUGACCGGCGGUGGCGACAUCGACAAGAUCAAUGACAACGGGCCCCUGCAGUUCCUGCUGUACGCCAUCACCAUCACUGUGGUGUCCAUUCCCGAGGGCCUGCCGCUGGCCGUGACGCUCACCCUGGCCUACAGCAUGAAGAAGAUGAUGAAGGACAACAACUUCGUGCGCGUGCUGUCGGCAUGCGAGACCAUGGGCGGCGCCACCGCCAUCUGCUCCGACAAGACCGGCACGCUGACGGAGAACCGCAUGACGGUGGUGGAGGGCUGGUUCGCCGGCACCGCCUACCCGCAGGUUCCCGAGGGCUCCGUGCUGGGCCCGCAGGUUCUGGAGCUGCUCAAGUGGAACUGUGCCAUGAACAACAAGGCGUUCCUGGUGGACCAGGAGAGCGGCGUGACGGAUUUCGUUGGCAACCGGACGGAGUGUGCUCUGCUGGUGCUGCUCCGUAAGUUGGGCUUUGACUACAAGCAGCUGCGUGAGGAGCGCGAGGCAGACCAGAUCAAGCUGUACGGCUUCAGCUCGGCGCGCAAGAUGGCCAGUGUGCUGCUGCGCGAGCGGGCGGCCGGCGGCAACCUGCGGCUGUACAACAAGGGCGCGGCGGAGUGGGUGCUGCGGCGCUGCGUGGGGCUGGCGCGGCCGGACGGCAGCACGGAGCCCAUGACCCCGGCCAAGCUGGAGGAGAUGAACGCGCUGGUGACCGGCAUGGCCAAGCGGGGUCUGCGCUGCAUCUGCCUGAGCUACCGUGACUACGCCGGCUCCGACCCCGCCCGCCCCGCCGACUUCUUCGAGGACGCCGACCAGGUGGACCGCGACCUCAUCGCCGUGGCCAUUGUGGGCAUCAAGGACCCGGUGCGCAAGGAGGUGCCUGACGCUGUGGCGACCUGCCAGAAGGCCGGCAUCGUGGUGCGCAUGGUGACGGGCGACAACAUCCACACCGCGCAGCACAUCGCGCGCGAGUGCGGACUGCUGACGACCGAGGACGCCAUCGCCAUGGAGGGCCCCGUGUUCCGCGCUAUGCCCGCCACCGAGCUGAUCCCGCUGCUGCCGCGCCUGCGCGUGCUGGCGCGCUCCUCGCCCGAGGACAAGCUCACGCUCGUGAGCCUGCUGAAGAAGCAGGGCGAGAUUGUGGCGGUGACGGGCGAUGGAACCAACGACGCGCCCGCGCUCAAGGAGAGCGAUGUGGGUCUGGCCAUGGGUAUUGCUGGCACGGAGGUGGCCAAGGAGGCGGCCGACAUCAUCAUCCUGGACGACAACUUCAGCUCCAUUGUCAAGUCCGUGCUGUGGGGCCGCGCCGUUUACAUGAACAUCCGCAAGUUCCUGGUGUUCCAGCUGUCCAUCAACCUGGUGGCCAUGAUCAGCGCCGCCGUGGGCGCCCUGUACGGCGGCGUGCCGCCCCUCAACGUGCUGCAGCUCCUCUGGGUGAACAUGAUCAUGGACACAUUGGCGGCUCUGGCUCUGGCCACGGAGGACCCCUACCCCGAGCUGCUGGACGACAAGCCGCACGGCCGCAGCGAGGCCAUCAUCACCGGCCUCAUGUACACACACAUCGUCGUGGCUGCCCUCUACAAGCUGUUCUGGCUGUUCGCCUGCCUGUACGGCUUGCCCCGCGUGCUCCCUGCCUACGCCACUCUGACCAAGGGCGAAUACUACCAGACCAUGUGCCCCGAAAUCCUGAACGACAAGGGCGUGCUGAGCACCAACGCGACGCUGCAGGGUGACGUUUGCAACAUCAUGGGAUUCUGCGGCUUCCCGCAGGGCGACAUCCACUCCGACCUGUGCGUGCUGCACAACGAGUGGCUGGCUAUCAACACCACCGUGCCCAGCCUGCAGCAGGACGCCGUGUGCAAUGGGCAGUUCAGCCCCACCGCUAACUUCAGCGGCGUGGUGGCGCCCGGCGAGGCCUGCGUCCGCAACACCAAUCUGGAGUCCGCCCAGAGGGCCAUGGACGACGAGUGGGACCGGGAGUACCUGCUGUCGUACAAGCCGGCGCUGUCGGUGCUGUUCAACGCCUUCAUCCUGGCGCAGGUCGCCAACGCCUUCGUCUCGCGCCGCAUCGGGCUGGAGCUCAACUUCUUCAAGGGGCUUGCGCACUCACCCAUCUUCAACGGCAUCAUGGUGCUCAUCACGGCGCUGCAGGUCCUCAUCAUGCAGACGCCCAUCUCCUACAUCUUUAAAGUGGAGCCGCUCAACGGCCCCGAGUGGGGCGCCUGCAUCGCCAUCGGCAUCGGUGCCAUCCCCUUCUCCUGGGCGCUGCGCAUCCUGCUGCGCUGGCUGCUGCCGCUCACUGCCAACUCCUCACACUGGCUGGCUGGCCUGCGCGGCAGCCGCGCAUCCAACAUCACUGCCUCCGGCGCCGGUCCCAUGCGCCAAGCCGCCCGCACCCGCACCCUUUCCGGCGGCGCCGCCUCCGCCAACCACAACCGCACCGCGUCUGGUCGCACGCUGUCCGGCCCGAACGGCGGACACCAAGACCACCACCGGGCCAUGUCUGGUAACCCGCACGUGGUCAUCUCCACGCAGUACCAGGUGGGAGUGCUCGGCAACGGUCGCGUUGCGAGCGGCAUGCCUGUGGGGGAGGCCUCAGUCACGGAAAGGGGCCUGGACGCUUCGGCGCGCGUGGCGCGCGUGGGGUCGUUGGGGCGUGUGGUUCCGGAGCCCAGCAGCCCUGCGAUUGCGUCUCAGUCCGCGUCGAGGGCCUGGUCUUGAGUGUGCAUGUGUGAUGCAUGCAUGCGUUGAUUCUGGCCGUCCGCUCAGGCCGCAUGCAUGGGCGCUGUCUUGAAUUGCUGUUUAGGACCCCUUUGGCACUCUUGGCCACUGAGGAUGGCGUGUACAAUAUCAUUGAUAGAUACUAGCUACUGAACCGGCAUCUGUACUGCGGGUUGGACCUCUGCUGCCUUUACCUCGGUCACUAAGCAGCAACGGAAGAUGGGCACUGAACGAAGUGAAUACUAUUGCGUGUGCCCUCCGGCAUUAUUGAUGAUGAUGUCCUGCGCGGCUUGGUGAGGUCUUGCUGAGGUUCCUUGCCCGCCCGCCAUACGCGUAUGAUUGCUGCAGGGUCAUUGAUGGUGCUCAGUGCCUGGCUAGCUAGGGCUUGGCGGCAUGGCGGCGGCAUUGCUGCUUGUUGGCAUGUGGCGGAGGCUGCGGAGCUGGCUAGUUGGCGGCCCCGAGGACAAGCGAGCGAGACGGAGAGCGUGUGCAGGGGACCCUGUGUGUGUGUGUGUGUGUGUGUGUGUGUGUGUGAAAAAUGAAACGAAAGCCCGCCCAGACGACGCGUGUGUGUGUGUGUGUGUGUGUGUGUGUGUGUGUGUGUGUGUGUGUGUGUGUGUGUGUGUGUGUGUGUGUGUGUGUGUGUGUGUGUGCGUGCGUGCGCGCGCUUUGUUAACUGUGACGAUAACACCAAAUCACCUACGCGGCGUUUGUUGACUCCUUAACUGCUUGUGCGCGUGUGGAUUAUCCAAGGGGGACGCUUGAGGGAACCGCGCCGUCACUGUUGAGGGGUCAGGCUGCUGGUGCCGGAUUCAGCAGCGCAUCGUUCUGUGCGAUAUCCUACUUGCUUGCAGGCUUGCUGUGCGUCAGGGUGAGACAUUAUGUCUCGAUUUAUUUGUGAGAGGCUUGAGUUCCGGCAACCUGUGCGGGAGCCUAAAGUACGAUCAGGGGUGGCAAGGGUUUCGGGCUGUUGGUGUGGGAUAGACAACUAUAUACCUUCCCCACUGACCCGCCUUCUAGGCUUUAUUGUGCUGCAGGGGCACUGUUAGUAAGAGCACUGUAACCGCGUGA